GGCGGGAAAUGGAAUGAAGAAACGGCCAUUUCUGGGAAGAUUUUAAAAUUUUAUUGGAUUCGUUGGAUUUGUUUAUUGAUUCGAAGCGUUCCUCUACUUUCACGCCAUUUUCCAUGAGUCAUUUUCUCAAACACUUCUUAAUCCCCAAGUUGUUCCAAUCCCGGCUGAUCCUUUUGGCCCAGGUCUGCCUUUGACUCCUUCCCUCUUUCUAUUCCCUUCUUUCCUUCAAAACCCACCAUAAGUCUUCGCUGAUUCAUCAAUUUUUCUCUUGAUCGUCUAAGUUCUUGCAUUCUGAAGCUGAAUUCUUCGUUUACAUUUCCAGAAAUGUCACACUUUAGGAAAUCCCCCAUACGUUUUGCUAGGCACGGCUCAUCCCAACCUGCUAAUCCUGCUCGUUCCACUUCACAACCAAUUGAUUCCAAUGAUAAUUUAGACAAGAGGCAAAAACACAAGUCCUCAAGAAUCACCUCUUCUCAUCAAGCAACUGUAGCACCUAAUCCUAGCUCCAACCUUUUCGAUGAUCAUCUCGAGAAAGAGACCGAUUCUUCUUCACAUUCUUCAUAUUCAUGGUCAUCAAGAAACAGAUACAAGAAUGAUUUCAGGGACUCUGGUGGGCUUCAGAGUCAGACAGUGGAGGAGUUGGAGAAUUAUGCUGCUUACAAGGCUGAGGAGACAACUAACGCAGUCAACAACUGCCUGAAGAUUGCUGAAGAUAUGAGAGAAGAUGCAACCAAUACCUUAGUUGCUCUCCAUCAUCAGGGUGAGCAAAUCACUCGCACCCACAUGGUUACUGCCGAUAUCGACAACGACCUUAGUCGGGGUGAGAAACUUCUAGGAAGCUUAGGAGGAAUAUUCUCCAAGACUUGGAAGCCAAAGAAGGGUCGUCAGAUAACAGGCCCCGUUAUCUUUGAAGGCGAUCAGGCUGUGAUAAGCAAGGGCAACCAUUUGGAGCAAAGGGAGAGGUUGGGGUUAAGUCGGGCACCCAACCCACGGUCCUCGCGCGCCCCACAUCCUGAGCCAACCAACUCACUUCAGAAAGUUGAGGUGGAAAAGGUGAAACAAGAGGAUGCUCUUUCAGAUUUGAGCAAUAUAUUGGGAGAGCUUAAAGGAAUGGCUGUUGAUAUGGGAACUGAACUAGACAGACAAAAUAAGGCUCUGGAUAACUUGUUUGACGACGCGGACGAGAUCACGGUUCGUGUUGAUAAUGCUAAUCGGCGUGCUCGGCACUUGCUUAGAAAGUAGAUUUGAAAUUUGCAAGGUCUCCUCUGGUUUGGCAUCAGCAAAUAUGAUGGUAUAUGCUUUGACUGACCGGCUUUAGCUUCUUCCCUUUUGGUUCUCAGUGUCUUCCU